AUGGCUGAUCAUCUUGAAGAUCAAGUUGUGGGAACCAGUAUAGGCAUAACUAUAUGUCCUUUAGCGUCUCUUAUGCUCGACCAAGUUGCAUAUUUAAAAUCAAUUGGACUGAACGCUGCUGCUGGAUAUAAUGGCCAAGACGAGGAAAUCUUGAGAGACGUCGAAGGUCUAUUUUCUCACAUAUAUGCUACUCCAGAGUCUAUGCUAAGUAUGAAGCGAUGGCAGAAGAUGCUUCAGUCACCUUAUUUUAUAGAGCAUUGUGUCGUUGUUGCCAUAGACAAAGCUCAUUGCAUUAGCACAUGGUAA